AUGGCAGAUGAUGGGGGUAGAUCACGAUGGUCAGCAGAAAUCGAAUGGACCUCUCAGCCGGGUGACCUGCCCCGGAAGGUCACCGAGGGGGCCCUCCACAGCCUGGUUGGUGGCAACUAUCUAUUUUCCUUUCUCGGCCCCCUCCCAUCUAGGGACGAGCCGAGCGUGGGACACGCGGUCUCCGUGGGUGCCGCUCGCUCACGGCCAAUGCAAGUUUCACUUCGGGAGAAUGGCGGCCAUACGCGACCGGGAGGCGACAUUCAUGUGCAGGACAUCCGACACGGACACAACGGCCAAUCCUGUGGCCGCUUAUUACGUCGGCGGACCAGGCAGAUGAGCGAGCGAGCGAGGCUUCGACCUGGGGAUGAGUUCACACGGGCGCGGGGGACGGAGUGGGCCUGGAUGAACCCCCGGGUGCGUCGGGGAGAUAGCUCUACACUGGCGAAAGAAAAGAGGGAUACAGCUGUUGCCACUGAAGACAUCAUCGGGAUGUCGUGGCAUAGCCUCACUAUUGUAGACUUUGUACCCCAGCCUUGGCCUUGGAUGGUCGGCAGAGCUGCCUGA